AAGCGGGUUGGGCUCGACAAGGCGCUGUAUCAGCUGCAGCAGGCCGUCAAGCGCGUCAAGUCGGGAGAGGCACGAGGCCCCGAGGAGAGGAGCAUCGUGGCCAGCCUCAGACAGUUGCUGGAUGACGUAGAAGCUAAUGAAGAUGCGGCCGAGCACUCGUCGAGGCAGGGCUCGCGUAGCAACACGCAGGAGGAGGAGGGCGGCUCAACCUCGAGCGAGCUCGACGAGGACAACGACAACGAGAACGACAGCGCAGGCAACCGAUCCAUGGCCGACUUUGUGCAGCGCACCGAGGAGAGCCUGGCCAUUGACGACGCCGAGAAUCCUCUCCAGCUGCUGGCGCGCGCGUCCUACUUUCAUCCCGGAGAUCGCCGUAGCGGGAACUCGCCCCAGAACCAGCGGCAGCGCGACGCCGCAUCGUCGAAGCAGGAUCCCGAGUCGACCCGAGUCCAGCAGUUCUUCUCCCAGGCCAAGGUGAAGCUCGACAUUGGCGAGGACCUCGACCCCGUCGACCUGGGGCUCGUCACUAUGGACGAGGCAGAGUCGUUGUUUAACUACUUUUAUUCCAAGCUCGUGCACACGCGGUGGGGCCUGUCUCCCCGAGUCCAUACGGCCACUUACACGCGCAGCCGAUCUGCGUUCCUCUUCACGACGGUCAUGGCGGCGUCUACGCUCUUCAUGCCCUCUGCGGGCCCCCUCUCCAAGAGGCUGUUUAACCAUGUCAAGAUGCUUGCUCACAAGGUCACGAAUGACAAGUACAAAUCGGUAGAAAUUGUCUUGGCGUUCAUGACCCACAUCCCCUGGAUAUUUCCGGGAGACCACGCAAUGGACGACGAGACGUGCAUGUAUAUUGCGAUGGCGACAACCAUUGCGUUUGACCUGUCCCUCCACAAGGUGCUGAUGCCCAUGGACGUCUUGGAGUCGUCGACGACGGUGUCAAAGGGAGAGUGUCUGGAUCCCCGGACCGCCCUUGCCAUUGAUGGGUUCCCAGACGUAGAUCCGUGGUCUGAGCAGGGCCAGCUGCUGCUGCGAGCGCGGGAACGAUGUUACAUUUCGCUAUUUGUCGUGGAGAGAGGAAUGGCAUUGGCUCGCGGUAGACCUUUUAUGAUACCAAUUACACGAAAUAUCAAGGAUUGCGACACCUGGCAUAGAUCACCGAUAGCAGACGAGCAGGAUGGUCCUGUGGCGUCCAUGGCUGUCAUGAGACGCAACUUGGAUGGGCUUUUCAACACAGUUCGAGCACUUUGCGAUGGCUCUCAGGCCAGCAACAGUGAUGGGUUCUUGGUGGCUCGAUCGAUUCAAGGAGCUAUAGAAAGAUUCUUCGACCAGUGGCUAGCGGAAUGGGGCAUGAUGAUUGGCUUGGGUCCUGAACGUCGCCUCCCGCCAUAUGUCGACAUCCUCGUCGCCCACACUCGCCUCUCGACGUACGGACGCAUUAUCAACCAUCCGACGGCGCCUGUCGAGGUCCGCAUCUUCUUCCGAACCGCCGGGUUAUCGGCCGCCCUGAACGUGAUGAGGGCUGCGAUUCAGGGAGAGUCGCAACUGCAAUCGAUGCCCAACAACACGGCCAUUAUGAUUUCGUUUGCCGCAUGCUUUGCCCUGAACAUUAGCGCGUAUGCCCCAGACGGCUCCGGGCUUGCACCGAGCAUCAGGAGGUUGAUCGAAGAGGCCAUUGGCGUGCUGGAGCGUAUUGGCACCGUCACGCCGCACAGGAAUGGGCUCUCGGUGCUGUAUGGAAAGCAUCUCCGACAUCUGCUGCGGAUAUCGGGCUCGUCCAAGGGCACCCGGCCGCCCAAGGCACAGCGGACAACGCCGUCGUCGUCGGAGCCGAUGCAGGACACGCCGCCGGCGCUGCCGAGCAGCUUCAUGGACCAGCAGAUGCUGUGGCCGGACAUGGUGCAGUUUUCGACCAUGUCGGACGACCAGAUUGCGCAGGUGUUGAAUCAGCCGGGCAACGUGUUUGAGCCGUCGUCGUCGUUUGGGGGCAACAUGUCGUGGGAGGAGAUGAACAACUUUGACUGGCUGAACUGGCCAGCUUUCAAUGCAAAUUAG